CUGGACAGGUGCUACACAUUUUUAACGGGCCACAUCUCAUGAGAACUCACUGCUGAGAGUGUAAUACCAAGGGGAUAGUACUAAACCAUUCAUGGAAAAUCCACCUCCAUGAUCCAGUUACCUCUCACCAGACCCCACCUCCAAUGCCGGGGGUUACAGUUUGACAUGAGAUUUGGUGGCGACACAGAUACAAACCAUAUCAAGAAGGAUGAGCCAGGAAAAUUGAAUAAAAUGAUCUCGUUUACCUCCGCCACCCCUCAGGCAGAGCACCAAGUGUCUAGCCUUCCAUCUUUUAGAUUGUGGCCCAUAUACUCAUGCUUUCCCUCCUUUACAUCAUCUAUUGCAACAUCCUUUCCUUCUUUGUGACCCAAGUGGACCUCCUCUAAAUAACAGCUUCCUUAUCCUGGCUUCCCAAGCAUGUCUGAUUAUUUUAGUAAGCUUUUAUACCUUCUGCUGUAUGCCUUCAAAUAUAUGGCUAAACUCUUAAACUCCUCCCCAACACCACCAAACCACAUCUCAUAUAAAAAUUCUGUCAUUACAGAUACUGAAAUGUUAACAAAUGUAAUCCUUCAGAUGUAAACAAAUAAUAGAAAGGUGGUUAUGUACAAUUUCUGUUUAUUUCUGAAUACAGAGUUUGGUAUAUAGAUAAUUUUACUUUGUCUGCAUUAGUUCUUGUGCAAAAAUAGUUGCUUACCACUGCUUGAUAAAAUCAGUCCCUAAAUACCAAAAUUAAAAAAUCAAACUCUAGUGAAAUGUUUUAAGCUGUUCUAUGCAAAUGGGAUCUUCUUUCUAUUAAAGAGUAAAGCACCAUCUUUUCUGUGAGUUAGUCCUUUUAGAUUGAACUGGGAGCUUAAAACUACAAAACUUAAUAUGGACUCUACUAAUUUAAGAGUUAAAAUUCAAGUGUAGCGUAAAAUUCAUUGCCUGCAUUAUCUCUGGGAGACACAUAUACUUGAAUUAAUCACAUAAACCAAGAUAUAUGUUUGAUCCAUUAAUAAUGAAAGUUGACAAUUAUAUUCAAAUUCCACUUCAAGAUAAAAUAUUUAUAGAAAAGAAUGAACUUUAAUGCAUGUAAUUGUUAGGUAGACAAAAUAAUCUCUGAACCGGUGUGAAAAAUACCUGCUAUUACCUGCCGUGAUAGUGUUAGCUUUGUGAUCUUGGACAAACCACUGAAACACCUUUGAACCUGUUUUUGCUCAUGCAUAGAAGUAUAAUGACAUUCACCUCAUUAUUAGGACUGUUAGGUUAAAUUAAAAGAUUGUGUAUUAUUAUUGUCAUAUAUUUAGUGACUAUUCAGGUCUAAACUCCAGAUCUUCAAAUUUCUCAUUCACUAUUUGUUAAUUGUUCUAGUUUGUUUCAGUUGAGGGAAUCAGAAUAAUAAAGGAUUUGAAACCCAAGGACAAGUGAUUUUUUUAUUUAAAGAUGUUCAUAAAACAUUUUAUAGCAUCUUUUUGUCAGCAUCAUUAAAUUAGUAUUUCUUUUCACAGACUCACUCCUAAGGCAUACAAAAUGGAAACUUCUGGGAGUAAAGGAACUUCACAGAACCAUUGAAAGUAACUACACAUUUUAGACAUGAAAUAUUCUUGGCUGAUGAGUAUUUGCCUUUCUAAGUAAAUUUCUCCCUGCUCCAUCAUUAUCAAUUUAUAUCUGAAAAUAGGGAACUGUGUAAAUCUAGAAGACAGACAAAUUGCUUGUGAAUCUAACAGAGAGUGCAAAGUGCAGUCAGUUCCCUCUGGGAUGAUCCUACAAACUUGACAUUACACAGAUAUUGAACAACCUUUAUUCAGUAAGAAGCCUUUUAAAAAAUUAUAUUUCUGGAAACAUGGAGCUGCAGAAUAUCAUUAGUUUCAUUGGUAAUAUACUGACAUGCUUGAUUAAUUAUAUUGUAAACAAAUCAGAUUUUUCCUGGUGUUAAAAAUUAUCUUUCACUUAAAGACCUGAAGAAAAAAGAAGCUAUAGAGGAAAAAAAAUUGUUCAUGAUUAACGCUGACUUCUCUAGACUUUAGAGUACCUCUCUUGUCUAGUAUGAAGUGUUGCUGAUUGUUGUACUUAAAAAUAAUUUUUUAAAGCUUGUGAUUUUUAGAGAUAAAGGAUGAACAGCAUGUGAGCAUAUUAUGAAAUUUCUCUCUUUCCACUGUCUUCACCAAGAAGAAUUAAGUUUUGUUUGCUGUUUAGCCCAUUUACUUUCAUAUUUUUUAAAAAAUGUGACAAUUGAGCUAGGUUUAUAUUUGAAUUCAAGUGUAAGUUGAGUUGGAUUAUUUGUAUUUCUUUUCCCUUAAACCAGGCAGUUUGCUUUAUUUGCUGAUUAUGGUAUGCUGUUACUAAGCCUAUGAGAAGCUUCUCUGUGAAGUGCAUUUUAAUAUUUAGAUCAAACAGUGAUUGGAAUACAUUAAUGCCCAGUGGGUAAACGUGUCAUUUGAAAGCAGCUGCUGAGCCUUCUCCCUGCUGCUCCAAUUAACACAUACUGCACACUCCUGUCAGCAAGAGGGCUGUGCAUAUGGAUGAAACCACUUUGCUGCUUAUUAAUAUGAUAUGCAAUAGAGCACAAAGGGUUAAUCAGUCCGCCCAUUGCAAAACAAUAGCUUUUCAAGAGGUUUCCCAAGCACAUGUUUUGAGAUAAUGUGGGCUAGGAUUAGGGUGUGGGAUUAGCAGGUAGGAAAGUCAGUUCAGUCUCUAACUUUGGUUCAGUCCAUUGACUAAUAUGUUUCCCCGCCCCUCUCUUCUCCUAUACCCCCGCCCCGAUGAUGGGAUGGUGGAGAUAUUGGAUAGUGAAAUUCUAGUGCUGGGACUCCUCUUGCCUCAGCUGAAUCUCUUGAACUUUGUUUUGUUUUGUUUUGAAGCUAUUUAAAGUCAAAAGCUUUGCCGUUUGUUUUUUCUCUUAGUCUUUUAUUACCAUUUCACUUUCUUUCUCUCCCCCCCCCCCUUUUUUUUUAAAUUACAGAUUUGACAAUUUAUUGAGCUAAAUGAGAAAUAUUGUCAAGGUAAAGCCAUAUCACUAUUAUUUUCUUUCCCCUCCUAUGGCCAAAGUCACCGUGUUGAUGGUAGCCCAGAAGCAGAUAGAAGGGUAGCUGUCCUGGUCCAGGUUUGGUAUUGGUCAUUCAUGCUCCACCGACUCGCAGAGCAGCUGGGCUGUUGCUGUGCUCUUGUGCUAGCUGUGCCGUGCUGCACGGUAAGUGAGAGAUGGACCGCUUCCUGGGUUUUGUCAAGGCGAUAAGAAGAUCUAGGAGAAGAAAGGGGAAAAAGUACCGACCAGAAGAGGAUUACCACGAGGGCUAUGAGGAUGUCUAUUAUUAUGCUUCAGAGCAUUUUCGAAAUGAGAGUCCCUACACUAAAUCCGCCAGCCAGACAAAGCCGCCUGAUGGAGCGUUGGCUGUGAGGAGACAGAGCAUCCCAGAGGAAUUCAAGGGCUCCACAGUCGUCGAGUUGAUGAAGAAGGAAGGCACUACCCUGGGUCUGACGGUAUCGGGAGGAAUUGAUAAGGAUGGCAAGCCAAGAGUAUCUAAUCUGCGGCAAGGAGGAAUUGCUGCUAGAAGUGACCAGCUGGAUGUGGGUGACUACAUCAAAGCAGUGAAUGGAAUCAACCUGGCCAAAUUCCGCCAUGACGAGAUCAUCAGCUUGCUGAAGAAUGUGGGAGAAAGAGUGGUUCUUGAAGUAGAGUAUGAGCUUCCGCCGGUCUCUGUGCAAGGAUCAAGUGUUAUUUUCCGAACCGUGGAGGUCACAUUACAUAAAGAAGGCAAUACCUUUGGUUUUGUAAUACGAGGGGGAGCACAUGAUGAUAGAAAUAAAUCUCGUCCAGUUGUGAUAACAUGUGUUCGUCCUGGAGGACCUGCUGACAGAGAGGGCACGAUCAAACCUGGUGACAGGUUGCUCAGUGUGGAUGGAAUUCGGCUUCUUGGAACCACGCAUGCUGAAGCCAUGAGUAUUCUUAAACAAUGUGGACAAGAAGCAACACUGCUGAUAGAAUAUGAUGUCUCAGUAAUGGAUUCUGUGGCAACAGCAUCCGGGCCACUACUAGUCGAAGUUGCCAAAACUCCUGGUGCCAGCCUUGGGGUUGCCCUAACUACCUCGAUGUGCUGUAACAAACAAGUCAUUGUCAUAGACAAAAUCAAAUCUGCAAGUAUUGCAGACAGAUGUGGCGCAUUGCACGUGGGAGAUCACAUCCUCUCCAUCGACGGGACCAGCAUGGAGUACUGUACACUUGCAGAAGCAACCCAGUUCCUGGCCAACACCACUGACCAGGUCAAGCUUGAGAUCCUUCCCCAUCAUCAGACACGGCUGGCCCUAAAGGGGCCCGACCAUGUGAAAAUUCAGAGGAGCGACAGGCAACUUACCUGGGAUUCCUGGGCCAGCAACCACAGCAGCCUCCACACCAACCAUCACUAUAACACGCACCACCCUGACCAUUGCAGAGCACCAGCCCUGACACUCCCGAAAGCACCUCCUCCAAACAGCCCUCCAGCUUUGGUGUCUUCAUCCUUCUCUCCUACCUCCAUGAGUGCAUACAGCCUGAGUUCCCUGAACAUGGGGACUCUACCUCGAAGCCUCUACUCCACCAGCCCACGUGGAACCAUGAUGAGGAGGAGACUGAAAAAGAAAGACUUCAAAAGCUCAUUGUCCUUAGCCUCCAGCACAGUGGGAUUGGCUGGGCAGGUUGUUCACACAGAAACCACAGAGGUUGUGCUGACGGCAGAUCCUGUCACAGGAUUUGGGAUCCAACUGCAGGGCAGUGUGUUUGCCACAGAAACUCUCUCUUCUCCACCUCUGAUUUCCUAUAUCGAAGCUGACAGCCCAGCAGAGAGAUGUGGGGUGCUACAGAUUGGAGACAGAGUGAUGGCCAUCAAUGGAAUUCCAACAGAAGACAGCACCUUCGAAGAAGCCAAUCAGCUCCUCCGAGACUCUUCAAUCACGAGCAAGGUCACACUGGAAAUCGAGUUUGAUGUUGCAGAGUCUGUGAUCCCAAGUAGUGGAACGUUUCAUGUAAAGCUCCCUAAGAAGCACAAUGUGGAACUUGGAAUAACCAUAAGUUCACCAUCUAGUAGAAAACCAGGAGACCCCCUCGUCAUUUCGGAUAUCAAGAAAGGAAGUGUGGCACACAGAACUGGGACCCUGGAACUUGGGGAUAAAUUGCUCGCAAUAGAUAAUAUCCGGCUGGACAACUGUUCCAUGGAAGAUGCAGUUCAGAUCCUCCAGCAAUGUGAAGACCUGGUGAAGCUCAAAAUCCGCAAAGAUGAAGAUAAUUCAGAUGAGCAAGAAAGUUCCGGAGCAAUUAUUUACACCGUGGAGCUGAAACGCUAUGGGGGGCCCCUUGGCAUCACAAUUUCAGGAACUGAAGAGCCAUUUGAUCCUAUAAUCAUUUCAAGCCUCACUAAAGGGGGAUUAGCUGAAAGAACUGGCGCAAUCCACAUAGGAGACCGAAUCCUAGCCAUCAAUAGCAGCAGCUUGAAAGGGAAGCCUCUGAGUGAAGCCAUCCAUUUGUUACAGAUGGCAGGAGAGACUGUCACCUUGAAAAUUAAGAAACAGACAGAUGCCCAGUCAGCAUCGAGCCCCAAGAAGUUCCCCAUUUCUAGCCAUUUGAGUGACCUGGGGGAUGUGGAGGAGGACUCCUCGCCAGCACAGAAGCCAGGCAAGCUGUCCGACAUGUACCCUUCCACAGUGCCCAGUGUGGACAGUGCUGUGGAUUCAUGGGAUGGGUCUGCAAUAGACACCAGCUAUGGAAAUCAAGGCACCAGUUUUCAGGCCUCAGGAUACAAUUUCAACACCUAUGACUGGAGGAGUCCAAAACAGAGAGGCAGCUUGUCCCCAGUCACUAAGCCUCGAAGCCAGACUUACCCAGAUGUGGGGCUGAGUAAUGAAGACUGGGACCGGUCCACAGCCAGUGGUUUUGCAGGGGCUGCCGAUAGUGCAGAGACAGAACAAGAGGAGAACUUCUGGUCUCAAGCGCUGGAGGAUUUGGAGACCUGCGGACAGUCAGGAAUUCUGAGAGAACUGGAGGAGAAAGCUGACAGGCGUGUGUCUUUGAGAAACAUGACUCUCUUGGCAACAAUCAUGUCGGGGAGCACGAUGAGUUUGAAUCAUGAGGCUCCAACACCUCGCAGUCAGCUGGGGCGACAGGCCAGCUUCCAGGAGCGCAGCAGCUCGCGGCCACACUACAGCCAAACAACUCGGAGCAACACCCUGCCUUCAGAUGUGGGUAGGAAGUCAGUAACCCUGAGAAAAAUGAAACAAGAAAUAAAGGAGAUCAUGUCUCCAACUCCUGUGGAGCUGCACAAGGUGACCUUGUACAAGGACUCUGACAUGGAGGACUUUGGGUUCAGUGUAGCAGAUGGCUUGCUGGAGAAAGGAGUGUAUGUCAAAAAUAUUCGCCCAGCUGGGCCAGGAGAUCUUGGUGGCUUAAAGCCAUAUGACAGGCUCUUACAGGUGAACCAUGUCCGAACCAGAGACUUUGACUGCUGCCUUGUUGUGCCCCUCAUAGCAGAAUCCGGGAAUAAGCUGGACCUGGUUAUUAGUAGAAACCCACUGGCUUCACAGAAGUCUGUAGAACAACAGAGUCUACCAGGAGAUUGGAGUGAACAGAACAGUGCUUUUUUCCAGCAGCCUAGCCACGGUGGUAAUUUGGAGACACGAGAACCCACUAAUACAUUAUAGCAACGCUUUUUAUAAAGCAGGACAAAAGACAAUAUCUACAUGGUGCUAAAAAUCCCUUUAAGAUUUCUGUGACAUUUGAAGCACAGAUAAUCACGUGGCAUUAACUGCAAGCACAGGGGUCUUUUAAAUCUCUCUCAUGGCUCAUGUUCACUUCCCUUUUCAAGUUGAAGAGGUUUCUUUUUUGGUGACCACUAUGGUACAUGGUGGGCAAUGCCCUGCCAGGCCCAAUGGUAGAGAAAAAUAGGCCGUCCCCCCAACUCUACAAUUAACAUCAGAGGAAAUUUUUUACAAGUUCAUCUUACUAUCACUUUUUAAAAAGAGAAACAUCUGUUUGAAAAUAUUCUCUAUGAUGAUUUCCUUAAUUCACUUUGAAAUCAGUUUCUUACUAUGAAGUCAUUAAUGUAAGAACUUGACCAACAAGGCUUUUCUUCUCAUAGGCUGGCUCUACUAGGGGAACUAGUGUUUGGUAAACUGCUGGGACUGCCACAAUGGGAGGGGUACAAGUAUAAAAUUAAGUUAUCUUAAAAUGUUUCAGCAAUGAUGCACGUAGGAGACCAUAAUAGGUGGUGGUAAAUGUUUUGCCCAAGUAUAGGAAUGAUUUUAACUAAGAUGUAUGCUAUUCCCUAUGCAACAAAUUAUCAAACAGGAUAUGUCUUGUGACCUGUUUUUUUUUUUAAGGACACAUUUUUAAUAGCUGAAAAUCUCUGAUAAUGAAUUAGAGGGUGUAGUAAACACGAGAAUUAGUUAUAUAAUCUUAUUUUUAAAAUUCAAGACUAAGAACUUAAGAAAGAAUGAAGAGUCUAUUAAAAUGAGGUUCAUCUUAAUGAUAGGCAAACCAAACUCAUACUGCUUGACAUGUUUUGAAAACUGGUAAUAUUGAGGGUGUACAGCACAUGUACUUAAAAAUGACACUGGGCUAUCUUUUGUUCUGAGCCAUGCCACUUACCGAAAUUGUAAAUACAUUUUUCACAAAUGCAUUGCCAAUUAUUACCAUCCCUCAAAGCAAUAAAUUGUGACAGUUGCUUUAAAUGUUUGUCAGCAACUGUUUUCAUUUGUUCAGAUAUUUUGAAUAGCUACGCUAAUAACUGUUAUUUGGUGAAUAUAAAAAACUAGAUCUGUAUAUUGAUGGUAGACUCUCCAUAUUGAAAUAAUUAUUUUCCAAACGUUUUCAUUUUGGUCAAUAAUUCAAACUACCACUUAGGCAAAGCAUUCGAACACUGUGUCCUUUGUUUAAGGAAAUAAAAAUCACCUUUCUUUUUGUGCAAAAAAAAAAUAUUAUUUCAAUCACAUUUCAGAACCGCCAGGGCAAGAAAGUGUAAAGCAGAAUCAUGUUAAGAAAAAAGAAAAAAAUAUCAUGAGUCACUUAAAUAUGUAUUUUUAUUUGUAACAAACAAGUAUUAAACUGUAAAGUAUUUUUGUACAAAUUUAAUACUUUAAUAGCAUGGUAUUUAUCGUCUAUGUAUGGUUUUGGGGAAUUCAAAAUUGUUCAAAUAUUUGUAUGGAAAAAAUAAAACCCUCUACCAAAUGGAAUAAACCGUGAUUUUAAAAAGCCAAAUAAAGAGGACAUGCAUUA